GCUCGGCCAAAACAACAGCCCGUCGCCAGUGGCUGUUUCCUGUUAGCGAUAGCAGUGUAGCCAGCGAUUAACUAAACGCGUAAAAUGUUAGAUUAACAAAAGCGUUUGUUUUUCGUUGAUUUUACCUUUUUUUUUGGCGUUAGUGUACCCUGAAGUCAAAGCUAAACGGAGCUGCUGUCGCGCCGAGCUGCUAGCUAACCGUAGCUAUCAUCGGCGAUCCAGCAGGGAAAGAUGGGGUCCAUCCUGAGUCGCAGAAUCGCUGGUGUGGAGGAUAUCGAUAUCCAGGCCAACUCGGCCUAUCGAUUUCCACCUAAGUCUGGUAAUUAUUUUGCGAGCCACUUCUUCAUGGGAGGAGAAAAAUUUGACACACCACAUCCAGAGGGAUACCUUUUUGGGGAAAACAUGGACCUGAAUUUUCUUGGAAAUAGGCCUGUGCAGUUUCCAUAUGUGACGCCUGCACCCCAUGAGCCUGUGAAAACCCUGAGGAGUCUGGUCAACAUUAGAAAAGACUCCUUGCGUUUGGUCAGGUAUAAAGAUGACUCAGACACACCAGUGGAGGAUGGUGGAAAACCAAAGGUUCAGUAUGGUGUGGAGUUCACCUUUGAUGCUGAUGCUCGUGUGGCCAUCAACCUGUACUGCCAGGCAUUUGAGGAGUUCUCCAAUGGGAUGGCAGUGUACAGCCCAAAGGAUCCAUCAAUGGUCUCUGAAACUGUGCAUUACAAGAGAGGGGUGAGCCAACAGUUCUCCAUGCCAUCUUUCAAAAUAGAUUUCAGCGAGUGGAAAGAGGAAGAUCUGAACUUUGACCUUGAUCGAGGCGUGUUUCCCAUGGUUAUCCAGGCUGUGGUUGAUGAAGGAGAUGAUUGCCUUGGACAUGCUCAUGUACUUUUGGCAGCCUUUGAGAGGCAUGUUGAUGGCAGUUUCUCCGUCAAGCCUCUGAAGCAGAAACAAAUUGUGGACCGUGUGAGCUACCUCUUGCAGGAGAUCUAUGGGAUUGAGAACAAAAACAACCAAGAAACCAAGCCAUCCGAUGAUGAGAACAGUGACAACAGCAAUGAAUGUGUUGUCUGUCUGUCGGACCUGCGAGACACACUCAUUCUGCCCUGCAGACAUCUUUGUCUGUGCAACUCCUGCGCAGACACUCUUCGCUACCAGGCCAACAACUGUCCGAUCUGCCGGCUGCCCUUUAGAGCCCUCCUGCAGAUCAGAGCUGUGAGGAAAAAGCCUGGAGCUCUUUCUCCUGUGUCCUUCAGCCCUGUUCUGGCUCAGACUAUGGACCAUGACGAGCACUCAGGCUCAGACUCGGUCCCUCCCGGCUUUGAGCCCAUCUCACUGUUAGAGGCUCUGAAUGGUCUGCGGUCAGUGUCUCCUGCGAUCCCGUCUGCCCCCCUGUACGAUGAAAUCAACUUCUCAGGGGGUCUGGGUGGUGAGAGCAGACAGCUGAGCUCCCCAGAGCAUUUAAGUGAUGGGAGUCUGCAGAAAAGCAAAGUCAGCAAAUCACCUGACAGCACCCUUAGGUCUCCAUCCUCUCCCAUCCAGGAGGAGGAUGAGGAGAAGCUGUCCGAGAUGUCUGACGCUCAGCCACACACGCUGCUCUCCAGCAGCCCCGCCCCCACAGACGCCACAGCAACAGAGGAUGUGGCAGAGUCCCUGUCUCCAGAUGAUGAGGACAGGAUGCAUUCUGGAGGAGACAUCCUGCAGGACUGCAGCAGUGAACACAGCAGCUUGACCAAAACAGAGAGCGACCCACCAGGCGACCUGUCUCUGCCAGCUCUCGGUCCUGAUUCCUGCUCUAUUGGUAUGGAGGAAUAACUGUGGGUCAUCGGAGUCAACAGAAAGCCUGAAAAGUCAGAGCACAAACUGCUCCAGCCAGCCUCUCCUGUGUCCCACAAGCAGCCUUCACAUGGAAGAUGAGCAUCUCAACCCCUGACUCUGAUCCAGCCUUUUUCCCUCCCAUCCAUCAGAACAGAUUUAUGCUUUACAAAGAUCAUUCAGUCGCUCUGUUCUUUUUACAUCCCCCAGCCCAGUCUUCUGCUUCUGUGGUCAGAGUCAACAAAGGCCCUGAAAGGAAGUUCACCAGGACAAGGGAGGACUCUGUUUAUCCCAUCAAUAUCACUGACACUAUAAAAGAAAUUUGACUCAUGCAAAGAUGCUCUUGGUACCUUACUCUAUGACUGAUGUUUAAAAGAAAAAAAAAAAGAUAUUGUCUUUCCAGCUUUGAAAACAUUUCAUUAACUGUCAGAGGGUGUUCAGUUGUGUGUCUUGGCCAGAGUUGUGGUCUAGUAAUGUGGAUUCCAGAGAUAUUUCACUACCUGUCAUGGUGGUGCUUUUAAGCACACUUACUUUAAAUUUCUCUCUGUAUCCCUCUGUAUGGAUUUCUUGACACUAAAUUCAGAAGAAUUUAUAAAUACAGUUUGUGUUUAGA